UCUUUAUUCUGCUAUGGACGUGACAAUUUUCGUAUUAAAAAAAAAGAUUAAACGAUCAUGUAUUUAAACUGAUACAUAGUUGAAAAGGGUUCAGUGUUUUGUUAUUUGUGCAACCUACAUUAGUCUAAACGAAAUGUCCAAAUACUCUAUUUUGUCUGUGGCCGCCAUUUUGUGUUGCGUUCAAUGUUUACCAUUUGAGGCGACACACAGUACCUCAUCAUCAUCGAGCCAGCUUCACCUGGUGGUGAACAACUCUACCCAAUCCACCAACUACCACCUCACGCCCGUGAUGAGCAAACUGGAAAACAUUGAUGACGAGAUCGAUACCCAGCUCAAAGCGAUACUGCCUUAUCUCAACUUCUUUUUUGAUUCAUUACUCGGUAGGCCGCCAACUGCGGAAGAGGAAGACUGUAUCAAUGACAUGGUGAUAGAGAUGGUGCCAGAUGAAACUGCAAUGCCUCCAAAAACUGAAUCUGAGAAUAAAUCGGAUACAACCAAAGAUGAGGAAAGUUCCGAUAAGAACUCUGAAGAUAAACCUGCUUCUGAUACAGUAAAUACCGAGGAGAAAUCAGAAGAUAAUUCCAACGAUAAACCAGAACCUAAUGAAGAGUCAGCUACAAAUGAACCCGACAAACAAAACCCAAAACCAUAAAGCUUCGAUGUACAUCUAAUUAAUUAAAACAAUAUAUUUGUGUCGUAAAAUAAAUUGGUCAUCAUAGAUAGAGCAGUAAAAUAGUAAUUGUAAUGUACUUAUGAAAUUAAAUCAUUCCACAA